AGAGAAACUUGUGUGUGUGCAGACAGACUCAAGCCUGUGAGUUUAAUUGUCCCUCACUGAUUCAGGAAGCAUUGCUGAUCGCUGGUUUGGACUUUCUUUCUUGCAGCAGGACUGUGGAAACUACCGGAAAACCUGAGACGAAUAUUCAAGUUUUAUUUGGACUAGUAAAAGAAGAGUGGUCAGGAUGUUGAUUACUAUGCUAACAGCCAUGUACAUGAUGGUCAGAGUCGUGGAAUCGGUGAGUUCAUCAUAAUCAAGACUUUGGUAAAUGUCUUCUGCUUUUGUUGAAAGAAACAUCAUGAUUUCCUCUCCCUGCAGGUUUUGAAUCAGAUUUAUAUUGACGCAUCAAAAUCUGACAAGGCUGGUGUUACAAUAGGUGGUCAGUGUCAAAACAAAGCUUGGUGAAUGUUGAUAAAUCCAAUAGGGGUGGGAAUCACCAGUGGUCCCAAUUAUCAUGACACUUGGGCCACAAUACGAUAUUAUUGUGAUUUUUAACAUUUUGCGAUACAAUAUAUUGCAAUUUAUAUAACUUUUUCAACUGUUUAAUUAAUUUAGCAUUUGUCUUUCUUUUAUGUUUGUCUUAUUUACACUGUAUUUUAUUCUCAUGUAGCACAUCUUGCAAACCUUUCACAUCUAUAUUUGUUGUACUAACUUUCUCCUGCUCUUUGACGUCACCUCUGCCAACCUCACUGGACAAACAGUUGAUUUUAUUUUUCCGUUAUCGUAGAUUUGACUCCAAACUAGGAGUUAUAGCAAAUAGCAAUAUCGCAAUACUAUGCUAUAUCCAUUUUUUCUCCCACCCCUAAAAUCCAACUAUAAUCAAUAUGGCACUGGACAAACUUCUGUGCUUAAAUCCUCUCUGCAUAUGAGUCAAUAUCUUGUGGUGAAGUCUCCAAUAAAUGUGGAGUAAUUCAGAUGUGAAAAGUCAGGCAAUGUCAUAUUGAGAAAAAAAAAAUAGAAAGCUAAACUGUUUUUUUGUUUGUUUACCUGACACAUAUGUGAGAUUUAGAGAACAAAUCAGGUGUUAACGCCUCGAGCUGAACGAGAGUGUUGCUUCUGUUUCAGUUUUUGCUGCACCUCUAACCUCACAUCCCUUUCAUUUCCAGAUAGGGACGCGGUUUGCACGAGAACAGGACCCACUGCCUUACUUGGUGUCCCAGCCUUUGCCUUGGCAGGUUCACUCCGUGUCGCACAGCAGGAGGGGGAGCAAAGCAGAGGAGGUUAGUUAUGAGAGAAAACGCUGCAAACCACCAUCACAGAAGAUGCCUCACAGUCCCUCUGCACACACGUAAUCUUUAAGUCCUGGCUCUGCUGGACAGCGAGAAGCUCCACCAGGUGUCCUUUGUUAUUUAAUACUGAGAGACAGCAUGUGGAAAGUGGAGUUGGCAAGGCUGACUCAGCAUGAGAGCAUUAAAGCCCAGUCACAUGUCCAAUGUUUGCUGUUAGAUUCUUAGCAAAAGAUAUUAAGGUAAGAAGAUGCACACGGCGGAAGAGACUUGAGAAGCUUUUACAGUUAAACAGCACCGGCUAUUUCAUGAUUUAAAUUAAUGUCCAGUUUUGGACCGAACUGAGAUAAAGAACCUUUCUGACCUACACUUUUUGAACACACAAACAGCAAGAGAAACUUUAGUGGGAGACAAAUAAAAGGGUAAGAAAGAACACAUCAAGAAACCAGCAGGGAGUUUAACUGAAAAGGCAGAGGUGAAGAAACAUUUCUGUCACCUCGCUGACUGUGGUUUAAAGAGAUACUUGACCUUCUCGAUCACGUCGCAGAGCCUGUGUGUCGGAGCGAACACACGCAGGCACGCAGCCAAACAGACUAGUAAUAAGACUAAACUGGUCCAGCCUUCAGGCUUGUGGCUUCCCUGCUGCUGCUGUGUUUGGGCUUUAAUCCCUAUCAAGGGGAUUUAUGCUGGAGGUCAUGGCUGUGGCUGCGGAUUGAAAGGACACACACUCACUCAGGUGCAGUCACACAUGAGCAGAACAGUCGCUAUACAUUAUGUAAAGAUGAGUCGAAGAAAAAUGAGCAACUAUCUUGUUUGCAGAGGAAUGUGAAAUAUGUCUCAACGGAGUUUCAGAUAAGAUGUGACGUUAAUUGUUGGCAUACCACACAUCUAUCACCUCCUGAAUCUUCUGGACCACAUGACGUCUGAUUCAUACCUUUUUUUUUUUUCAUUUAUGUGCGUCAGUGAGUUUCCUCCAACCAAGCGAUUGAAAAAAGUCCAGCGUGGAAUGCAAAAAAACUGAAGGCUGACCCAGGAAGACCUUAUCUCAGCGUGUAGUAAAGGGGUUUGGGAGUGGAUCAUCUAAACCUGUGAUAGAUAGGACAGCUGAAGAAUGACCGGAAAUGUGAGGAACAGAGAUUGGCAGGUGACAUGCAGCAAAUACAGCCUACAUACAAUUUAAUCCAUACGUUCUAGAUCUAAAUGCUGUCAAACUGCAUCAUGCUUCAAGAUGCUAUCUCUCACCUGUGUAGGUUUACGUACAAGUAGAGCGUUACAGCCCCAGAUGGUUGCAGAUGGCCACACCACAGCUUGAAAACAUCACCUUAAGUUGAGUGGAGGUUGAUUUGACUGAUAGAUGUGUGUGUUUAACAGGGUUUGUACAAGGCAGUAAUGCAACAACUUCAACUCCUCCUUCACUUUGUCAGUACACUGAGCCCACUGAGUAUUUUUUGGUCUAAAAGAGGUCUAAUAGACAUCUUAAUGUAGCCGAGACGACUGGUCUAAAAUCAGGCUACCACAGGUCUAAAAAUGAAAGUUUUCAGACGUCUAAAUUUAGAUUGAGUUUAGACUAGUCAGCUUACAGAGGUCUACCAGUAUAUUGCUCAACGGCUAUCAUAAUUAUUUUGGUUUAGCAGUUGGAGAUCAGUUAUGCAACUCGCAGUUGCUUUUUGAAAUAAAUACUUAUGGAAUAGCGGGUUAAAGUGCAACGUCUAAACUCCGUCGAAAGAUAUACAGAAUCUAGACGGUUGAAAUAAGGUCUAAAAAAUAACUAGACGUCUAUUGUUCGGUGGGGGGUUUAAAAAAAUAAGUUGGAGUCACCAUUUUCAAAGUGGCGACCACCACCGCUGGACUUCUGGUCAAUGAUAAAUGGAUUGUGUUUCUUGACCACUCAAACAUCACAGGUCACAUUCACCCAUUCACACACCAAUAGCAGAGGCUGCUUGUUAUAGAGUUUGUUAUCAGUUUUUUGACCAAUUCCACUCAUGCACCGCUGAGUGCAGCCACUAAAGGCAGGUAGGGUCAGGUGUCUUGCCCAAGGACACUUUGGCAUGUGGACAGCCCCUUGGAUUGAAUCCCAGAUCUUUGGAUUGGGAGAGAACUGACUCUACCAGCGAGCCACAGCCGCCCUCUACUGAAAUCACCUGGACUUCAUCUAUGUUUUCUACAGUCUAUGAGUCUCACACAUACCUGUUCUGCUUCUGUUACAGUUUGAUGGCCUCAGGAGGAACAGCAUAGGCGUGUACAGAAAGAGUGAGUAAUGCAGUAGGUUAGAAUAAAUGCUGGCUAUUUUUCUGCUGUGACAAUUACAAUCUAAAAGUUAAAUUGUGGAAUUUGGUUCAAAUUAUUGAUCAAAACCUCAUCAAUCAGAAAAAUAGCCUGCUUAAAUCCUGACUAAUAAAUGCACCAUGUGUUUGAACUCAAUCAUUGCUACAGACUUUGUCUCCAUGGCUUUUGCCUCAGCCUCUGCCUCUCUGGCUAUCCCCUGUGUCCUGUCGUGCUCAGACUCCAACGCCAGUAACGGGACAUGCCCUGUGCCCCCGGUGCCUCCGCUCAGCCCUGUGGAAGUGGAGAAGGCCGCCGCCACCAUCCAGACCCACUUCAGGAAGUUCCAACAGAAGAAACAAAAGAAUGGCAAGUAAACCAGCGGGGAGCAACGGUGUGGAGAUGAUGGUGAGGGACGGCGUGGAUUCACCAAAGCAGGAAUUCACUCUGUAACAGCGCACAUUAACAAUUGUACAUACAUUCAAGCUGUGUUUUUAACACUGAGUAGAGCCCCUGGAUGGGUGACAGGAUAAACUCAAACAUGCAGUAUUAGAGCACAUUGAAAUUCUUGUUACACCUUGUUUAAAAUCUGUCUGAAUACAAUUUGUAAAUAUAUACAGAAAUACAAAUAUAAAUAUAUCCAGAUAUGGAAAUGACUGUGAAUUGUUUGUUUAUAAGCAGGGUUGUCAUUUUUUAACAUCCUUGAUCUCUUAAAACUAGUAAAAAAUUUGACUGAACUAUUAAAGCAAAUGGCACUGUGGGAGAGUAUUUAAUUUACUGAAGCACACUGCCCUCUAGUGGUUUAAUCAGAAUAUGACUUGUUUUUUCAAAUGGAUGGUUAAAAUGCAAUAGCAAGUUUGAAAUUGCCCCCACUGUAAUUAUACACUAUAUUCCCUGCAAAGAUUAGACGUAUUAUUCUUAAGGUUUUGAAUAGAAACUUCAGCUGCUGUGAAAUAAUUUUUAUAAGACCAAAGUAAACAGAUAACCAAGAAACAAUUGACAAUAGUAUGAAUUUGUGAAAUCAUCAAAAAUAAUGACUCACCAAGAAUCAAUGAAAGGUUAAUCACAGAACUUGCUUUGCCUUUUUUUUUCUUGUCAUGUUUCAUAAAGACUGUGUAGUAAACAGAAACGUUAUUAAAGACAAAAAUUGUAACCAGAAAAA